AUGACAAUAUCUGGUCGCUUGACUUCCACGCGCAGCAGUACCGGCGUUUCCCAGACUAUCCUGCCGUUGUGGAUAGGCUUGUACAACCUGGCGCAUAUUGCGGAAUAUCUCGGUGGCGUGGGUAUCUGGCCCGAGAAGGAUACGACUACGAUGCGGUACGCCAACGCCCUGUCUGACGGGUUCAUGCAAGCUCUGACCGCAGAGGACAGCAUGGCCCUGAAAACGAAGAAGAAGAAAAAGGCCGGAAACUUGGAACAGGCACGUAGCACAACAGUACAGUACGACCGGGUCUCAGCGAGCGUACCGGCCGAGAAAAUUUGCAAACCUGGCCGCAAAGGGCCGUGA